AUGUCCUUGUCCACAAGUCUCGGUCCUCAGUGCAUUACAUGUCAAAAACGUCGAGUCAAGUGCGAUUCCUCAACGCCUCGAUGCCGUCGUUGCGCGCGAGACCAGCGCAAUUGCCCAGGAUACGGUAAACAGCGAAGAUGGAUCGCUUUCGAACCGACGAAGGGCAACGUCCGACCAUCAGCUUCCUCUACUUCAAGCAGCAGUUGCUCCCCCGGUCCUCUCGAGCCUGUUUACGAGUAUGUCGACGCUGCGAAGCAUCUACAAGUGGCUCUACUUGACCCGACAAGAUCACGCCAAGUCUUCGACAUUGGUGUUCACCGCAGAGACUGGCAUAUCGCUGAGUCAGUCGAGUACUGCAACCACAUUCUUGUCCCGGAUCUGGUCCCCUACCCGUUCCAACACCAAUUAUUUGCGGCAAUCGACGACUGGAAGAAGGCACCCUUAAUGCUGCAGAGCACCCUACUCGUGGUGGUCUACAAUUGUAGGCUCGUGCGAGGAAAUACGAAUGAGCUUGUUACAGAUUUGUACCGGUAUCGCGGCGAGGCACUGCGAGAGCUAGCACAGGAGGUCAAAGCCCCGUCCACUCGAAACCCUGUCCUGGGGCUCGUCGGAGUCCUCAUGAUGUUACAAGCAGAGAUACAAGUGUCGUGUAUAGCGCGCUGGGAUGUUCAUCUGCUUGCUGCUAGACGCCUACUCAAGGGUCUUGGUGGACUCGUAGAGACAUGGCACAAGAUCCCACAAAUUCGCCUACCACUAGCUCUGUAUGUUAUUGUCGACAUCAUGAGCACGCCGACUUCUCCAGCUUCACUGCUAAUUCAAGAAGAGCUGGACGAUGCUUGCAAUAGCAUCUUGCGACUCCCAAGCCUCGAACAAAUUAUUCUCGCCAGCUGUUGCCCGGUUCCUAUUCCUAUUCUUACCAUUAUCACACAGGUCAGCAGCUGGCGGAAACGCGUCGACACCUUCGCCUCCCAAGCAUCGGGUGAUAGCUGGAAGGGCUUCGAAGCAUCUUUCCGGAGCGCUCUCCAACGCCUGGACAGUUUUGAUGCGGACGAGUGGGCAACUCGGAUCAUUAUAGACUUUCCAGACAACGGGAGUCACAACGAACGCAAAUUGAUUCCUUUUCGAGAGUCGGAAGUGUCCGAGUGGGCAGCUCUCGGCCAAUGCUUCCAAUCCGCAACCACGAUCUACCUGUUGCGGUCCGUGGCCUCAUCAGGUUUGCGCCUACACAAGGGCUCCGCAAUCGUCCCUGAUACCAACAUUGAAGAGCGUCUUGAAGACGAGGUCCGUACUCUUGACACGACUCUCGACCAACUCAUGCUCCGCUUCGGUGAGCAGCACCCGACUUCACUCCGUCCAGGGCUGUGGCGAUUUACAAUGUUUCCACUCGUCAUCCAUGCCUUCGAGCUCCUGGUGUGGCGUGUGCCGAGCAGCAGCGUCCAGCACCAUUGUUUCAGUCGCAUGAAAACCUUGGGACUAGCCAUAGGGCUAAGAACCAUGGAUGGGGCAAUCGAAUGUAUCGACCAGGCAAUGAAGCGGAGAGACAUUCUCGGGGGCGACAUCCGGUGGGACGACCUCUUCAACAGCCGGGCUAUUUUUGUGGUCUGA